GCCGCACCGGAAGUGGCGGCUGGUACGCGCGGAUGGCGGCGGCUGCGGUGAUGACGGCGGCGGGCUGCGGAGGGGCUGGGGCGGCUCGCUCCCUCUCCCGCUUCCGCGGCUGCCUGGCGGGCGCGCUGCUCGGGGACUGCGUGGGCGCCGUGUACGAGGCGCGCGACACCGUCGACCUGACGUCAGUCCUGCGUCGGGUCCAGGACCUGGAGCCGGACCCCGGCUCGCCGGGGAGCGCGCGGACAGAAGCACUGUGCUACACAGACGACACAGCCAUGGCCAGGGCGCUGGUGCAGUCCCUGCUGGCCAAGGAGGCCUUCGACGAGAUGGACAUGGCGCACAGGUUUGCUCAGGAGUACAAGAAGGACCCUGACCGGGGUUAUGGUGCUGGAGUGAUCACCGUCUUCAGGAAGCUCCUGAGCCCCAAGUGCCGUGAUGUCUUCGAGCCUGCCCGGGCCCAGUUUAAUGGCAAAGGCUCCUACGGCAACGGGGGCGCCAUGCGGGUGGCCGGCAUCUCCCUGGCCUAUAGCAGUGUCCAGGAUGUGCAGAAGUUUGCCCGGCUCUCGGCCCAGCUGACACACGCCUCCUCCCUGGGUUACAACGGUGCCAUCCUGCAGGCCCUGGCUGUGCACCUGGCUUUGCAGGGUGAGUCGUCCAGUGAGCACUUCCUUGAACAACUCCUGGGCCACAUGGAGGAGCUGGAGAGUGAUGCCCAGUCUGUGUCAGAUGCCCGGGAGUUGGGCAUGGAGGAGCGUCCGUACUCCAGCCGACUGAAGAAGAUUGGGGAGCUUCUAGAGCAGGACUCAGUGACCAGAGAGGAGGUGGUGUCCGAGCUAGAAUGCUUCACCUCUAGGAUGUCAUUUCACCCUUGCACCAGCCCUGCGAGAAUUCCUAACUUUAUUCACUCUCUACACGAGGAGCUGAACCCAGGAUACAGGAAUCACACAGCCAGUAGGUCGGCGAGCUGGGAUUUGAACCCAGGGAAUGGCAUUGCUGCCUUUGAAUCUGUGCCCACCGCCAUCUACUGCUUCCUGCGCUGCAUGGAGCCCGACCCCGAGAUCCCCUCUGCCUUCAACAGCCUCCAGAGGACUCUCAUCUAUUCCAUCUCACUUGGUGGGGACACAGACACCAUUGCCACCAUGGCCGGGGCCAUUGCUGGCGCCUACUAUGGCAUGGAACAGGUGCCAGAGAGUUGGCAGCAAAGCUGUGAGGGCUAUGAGGAGACUGACGUCCUGGCCCAGAGCCUGCACCGGGUCUUCCAGAAGAAUCUGUGAGGGCCACAGCUCCGCCAUACCCAGCAGGACCAACUACAGCUCGGACUGGAAACCCUGGGCUCCCUUAGGCUUGGCUCCCUGCCUCGGCCUUCCUGCGGUGUGGCCGGAGUGCACCCUUGGGGCUGGGGACUCCUCUGGGGAGGUCACUGAACAGUGAGGGAGGGACGGGUGCCUUCUGGUGCUGGGUUCCUGGCUUCUGCAGAGCCUCGGUGCUCCUGGCUCCUCAGUCAGACAUAAGGGACCGGGGCAGGUUUUAUUUUGGAGCAGUACUUGUGGUGUUUUCCUUUAUUAUCUAGGACAUGGGAUUUGGGGAGGUGGAAAUGAUCUGCGGCAUCGUUUCUCCUUGUUGGGAUUUAACCAGUUUGCCAGGAUGCCUGCCUUUGACUGCACAGGGCCCCAAGCGCCAAGUUUAUAUGGAUCAGGAGGUGGACACGUGAAUCUAGCUGAUCUAGAUGCACACCUGGCCCUUGGCUGUCAUGGGUCUUGUUAACAGCUUCCCGACGAAGUUACAGAGCAAUAAACAGUUCUUUAAAUCCCA